AUGGCCACUCUAAUGUACCUACUGACUUUGGGGGCUUGUUUUUGUUUUGUAGGGUUAAUAACUAAUACUUAUAUAAGACAGAAGAGAAAGAUGUCAUUUCGUAAAGUAAACAUUAUCAUCCUGGUCCUGGCUGUUGCUCUCUUCUUACUGGUUUUGCACCAUAACUUCCUUGGUCUGAGCAGUUUGCUGAGGAAUGAGGUUUCAGAUUCAGGAAUUGCGGGGCUUCAGCCAGUGGACUUUAUCCCAAAUGCUCCCCAGCAUGUGGUUGAUGGGAGAGAAGAGGAGAUUCCUGUGGUCAUCGCUGCAUCUGAAGACAGGCUCGGAGGGGCCAUUGCUGCCAUAAACAGCAUUCAGCACAAUACUCACUCCAACGUGAUCUUCUACAUUGUUACACUCAAUGGGACAGCAGACCAUCUCCGGUCCUGGCUCAGCAGCAGUAACCUGAAAAGUAUCAGGUACAAAAUUGUGAAUUUUGACACUAAACUUUUGGAAGGGAAAGUAAAGGAGGAUCCUGACCAGGGGGAAUCCAUAAAACCAUUAACCUUUGCAAGGUUCUACUUGCCAAUUCUGGUUCCCAGAGCAAAGAAGGCCAUAUACAUGGAUGAUGAUGUAAUCGUGCAAGGUGAUAUUCUUGCCCUGUACAAUACACCACUGAAGCCAGGACAUGCAGCUGCAUUUUCAGAAGACUGUGAUUCAACCUCUGCUAAAGUUGUCAUCCGUGGAGCAGGAAACCAGUACAAUUACAUCGGAUAUCUUGACUAUAAGAAGGAAAGAAUUCGUAAACUUUCCAUGAAAGCCAGCACCUGCUCAUUUAAUCCUGGAGUUUUUGUUGCAAACUUGACAGAAUGGAGAAGACAGAAUAUAACUAACCAGCUGGAAAAAUGGAUGAAACUCAAUGUAGAAGAGGGACUGUAUAGCAGAACACUGGCUGGCAGCAUCACAACACCACCUUUGCUGAUUGUGUUUUACCAGCAGCACUCCACCAUCGACCCUAUGUGGAAUGUUCGCCACCUUGGUUCCAGUGCUGGAAAACGAUAUUCACCCCAAUUUGUAAAGGCUGCCAAGUUACUCCACUGGAAUGGGCACUUUAAGCCAUGGGGAAGAACUGCUUCAUAUACUGAUGUCUGGGAAAAAUGGUAUAUUCCGGACCCAACAGGCAAAUUCAGCCUAAUCCGAAGACAUGUGGAGAUCUCAAACACAAAGUAA